AUGACGACGCCGUGCCCGGGCGACGCGGCCGUGCGCGCCCACUGGACGGCGCGCUCCCUGGCGGGGGCGUUUCUCGACCUCACGCUCGCCUGGGCCUGCCUCUGCCUCGCCGCGCUCGCCGCCGUCGCCGCGCGCCUCCUCUCGUUGCUCGGCCUCCCGCUCCCCUGCACCUGCGCGCGCCCGCACCUGCCCUGUCUCCUCGCCUUCCUGGCGUGCUACCCAUCCUGCGCCGUCGGGUCCCUCCACGCCGCCCUACGCGCCCGCUUCCCCUUCGCCGGCCCCACCGAUGGCGAGGACCACCGUCAGGAGGGGGCGGAGGAAGAGGGGGAGGAGCAGGCGGCUGUCGACGCGUGGAAGGAGGAAGCGGAUCUUUGUCGCCGCGAGGAGGCGCGCGCCGAGCUGCAGCGGGAGCUCGAGAAAGAGCGCAGCGCCUCGGCGUCGGCGACCGAGGAGGCCAUGUCCAUGAUCCUGCGCCUGCAGAAGGAGAAGUCGGCGCUCGAGAUCGAGGCGCGACAGCAGCGCCGCACCGCUGACGAGCGCUGUGCCUUCUACGAGGACGAGGUCGAGGAGCUCCGGGACAUCGUGCUCGUGCGGGAGCGCGAGGCGCGCGCGCUGCGCAAGGAGGUGGACGCCUACCGACGCCUGCUCGGGCUUGGCGCUGCCGAGGAUGACGAGGAGGAGGAUGACGAGCAGGAGAUGGUCACGCCGCAUAGUUUCCUCAUGUCCGAAGGAGAGCCCAGCUCGUCCAAAUCGGUCGAUGCGAAUCGGAUGCAACAUUUUGGGAAUGAUUCUUCUGGGUUCAGCUUCAAGACGCCAUCACUGCGUGAGCAACCAAUGGUGCCGCCUCUUGCUGCCGGUCGAAUCAAUGUGGGAAGCGAUGAUAGUGUUUCUGUUCAGACGCCGGCCAAAGUUCCCACGCCUCAAUCAAGGCUGAAGCUAGAUAGCUUUGAGGAUGAGGAUGAGGAUGAGGAUGAGGACGAUGAUGAGGAUGAUGGAGCAGAGACAGUGGAAAUCCUCCCCCUGUCCGCCCGGAGCCAAGAUUUGGAUCAAGGUGGCAUUUUCCAUGUUGAUGCUGCACCAGGUAUGGAAUCUACCUGUACCAAGGAUACUUGUACCAAGGAACAGGCAGCUCAUGCAUUUCAGGAAGUCGAUUGUCCGGGUAUAGACAAGAUUGUCAAUGACCAGACAGGAAGUAAGAAUGAUGCCAAUGUCUAUGAUGUGCAUGUGGUCGAUGACAUACGCUUCUCAACAGAAGUCAAGGGCCUGAUUGGCCGAAGCAUCUCAGAGGCAACAAUGCAAGCAGAGAGAUUACAGACUCGAGCUGCUGCAGAUGAUCUCCUUGGGAAAAGUCUGAAUGCCAUUAAAGGUGCACAGGACAAGAUAAGGCAUGCAGCAAAUGAAAGGAGGCAGUCAUUACAGUUGCAACUCUUAGAGGACAUAGCUAAUCAGCUUCAGGGAAUCAAGGAUGCUGCCGAAGCAGGGAGACGAGUGUACUGUGCUGCUCCUAAAAUCUCCAAGAGGAGCUAG